AAAUAAUUGCUCCUCGUCGCCGGAGCAGAAGGUCUCGAGGAGUCGAGACUUCUCUCCCCCAAAUCCCCAGAACCCUAGCGGAGCUCCACCUCGAGAUGGCGACGGCGAGCGAUGCGCCGGCGAGCUCCACGAUAACGACCGCCACGGACGACGCCGAGGUGGAGCGCGACCAGGGCAACGGCAAUGGCGCCGUGUCAGCCGCACCCGCCGCCGUGGGGAAGGAGGCGGCGGCUGAGGAGGAGGAGAUGAUCGGCCCGGCUCCCGUGCCGCCGCGGCCGAGGAAGAAGCGCCCGCUCCAGUUCGAGCAGGCCUUCCUCGACGCCCUGCCCUCCGCGGCCAUGUACGAGAAGAGCUAUAUGCAUCGGGAUGUCGUCACCCACGUCGCCGUCUCUCCUGCUGACUACUUCAUCACCGGGAGCGCAGAUGGACAUUUGAAAUUUUGGAAGAAGAAACCAGCUGGGAUCGAAUUUGCUAAACAUUUUCGAUCUCAUCUCAGUCCCAUUGAAGGCCUAGCUGUGAGUGUUGAUGGCCUACUUUGCUGCACGAUCUCCAGCGAUUGGUCUGUCAAGAUAUAUGACGUUGUGAAUUAUGACAUGAUGUUCAUGAUGCGUCUCCCAUUCGUUCCGGGUGCAAUUGAGUGGGUUUAUCGACAAGGAGAUGUUAAACCAAAACUCGCUGUUAGUGAUCGUAAUACACCUUUUGUUCACAUAUAUGAUACUCAUUCUGGUUCAAACGAUCCCAUCAUCUCCAAAGAGAUUCAUGCUGGCCCAGUAAAGGUUAUGAAAUAUAACCAUGUUCACGAUGUUGUGAUAUCUGCUGAUGCCAAAGGACUCUUGGAAUACUGGUCUCCGUCUACCCUCAAAUUUCCAGAAGACGCGGUGAACUUUCGUUUAAAAACAGACACAAAUCUAUUUGAAAUCGCAAAAUGCAAGACUAGCGUGUCUGCUAUUGAGAUGAGCAAUGACGGCACUCAAUUUGUUGUUACAUCCCCUGAUCGUAGGAUACGGGUAUUUUGGUUCAAAACUGGGAAACUAAGACGUGUAUAUGAUGAGUCCCUUGAGGUGGCACAAGAUCUGCAGAAAAGUGAUAUCCCGAUGUAUCGUCUUGAUGCUAUUGAUUUUGGGCGAAGAAUGGCUGUUGAGAAGGAAAUAGAAAAGACCGAAAAUGUUCCACAGCCUAAUGCUGUAUUUGAUGAGAGCAGCAAUUUUCUUAUUUAUGCUACCCUUUUGGGCAUAAAGAUUAUAAAUUUGCACACAAAUAAGGUUUCAAGAAUCCUGGGGAAGGUAGAAAACAAUGAACGUUUUCUGAGGAUUGCUCUAUACCAAGGUGAUAAAGGGAAUAAGAAGGUUAGAAAAAUUCCUUCAGUAGCUGCCAAUGUCAAUGACAGCAAGGAGCCUUUAUCUGACCCAACGCUGCUAUGCUGUGCCUUCAAGAAGCAUCGAAUAUAUCUCUUUAGUCGUAGAGAACCUGAGGAGCCUGAAGACGCAACCAAGGGUAGGGAUGUUUUCAAUGAAAAACCCCCACCGGAAGAGCUUUUGGCUGUAUCAGAUUUAGGGAAGACUGCUACAACAUCACUCCCUGAUAAUUUGGUGAUGCAUACUUCUAUGGGUGAUAUUCACUUGAGAUUAUAUCCAGAAGAGUGUCCAAAAACUGUGGAGAAUUUCACUACCCAUUGCCGGAAUGGUUAUUAUGAUAAUCUCAUAUUUCAUCGUGUGAUUAAAGGCUUUAUGAUUCAGACUGGAGACCCUUUGGGGGAUGGCACUGGUGGGCAAUCAAUCUGGGGAAGGGAGUUCGAAGAUGAAUUUCACAAAAGCUUGAGACAUGAUAGGCCUUUUACUCUUUCAAUGGCCAAUGCUGGACCAAAUACCAAUGGGUCCCAAUUCUUUAUCACAACUGUGGCAACUCCAUGGCUAGACAACAAACACACAGUGUUUGGUAGAGUUGUGAAAGGGAUGGAUGUUGUUCAGCAAAUCGAGAAGGUCAAGACCGACAAGAAUGACAAACCAUAUCAGGAUGUGAAGAUCUUGAACGUUACAGUUCCAAAGACAUAAGCUCAAACAAUUGGUUUGACAUUGUACGCAUGAGGUUCUUCCACCCUUUGCAAGCCUGUGAAAGACAAAUGUUCUGAACUUUAUGUGCUGCUGUGGUGCAUCGAGUUGGUCCUUCAAACCUCAACCCAGAGGCAGCACCAUAUUAUUAGAAAGCACUGCCUUUGAUGAGGUAUGUGUUCCGAGUUUUAACUAGCUUUCCCAUCCAUAACCCAAGGGCAAUGGGACUGUAACAUUUUUGCUGUACACGGGAUUGGUAUUGCAAUUUAACAAUGGAAAAAAUGUAACGAGCCAGUUAGAUGAGGAUACAUGGACGAUUUUUCCAUGCAUGGGUGUAAGGGCGUAAGUUUUAUUUUGACUAGCCACUGAAUGCUGAUACCAAUUAGACUGAGCUGAGUAACCGUCA